AUGAUUGGUCGUGCUGCUCCAUGUUUAGUUCACGGAUGCACCAUUCGAAACAAUUCGAGCGGAAGUAUUUACGUUCGAAUUUUAUAUGAACCAAUCACAACUCAUGACGAUAAUGUUCAUGAACGACGAGUGGAAUUUCAAUUAGGAAAAAGAAGCGAAACCAAAGUCGACGAAGAAGGAUUCAACAUGGGUUCGUAUCAAGUUCGAGAAACCAUUCGAACAGUUGAAGUGACUCGAGCCAAUGGACAAGUCGACAAACUGAACGCUCCGUUUGACAAUGUCAAUGGUAUUGAACUUGAUUGGUUAUUCGUUGUCGAAGAGAGAACUAUUAAGUCUGGUAGACUCGGGUAG